CACAGACACACAUGCACACACACGUGCAGUGCGCACACUAGUACACGAGUUUUGCGUUUAAAGGCAACAUUGAACACUUGGGUCCGUAAACUCAAAACUGCUGUUACACCGUCCAUUUUACAUUUUACUGGUCGCCCGUGCACUCGUGUACUGCUCACUACUACUACUACUACUACUACCACUGUAACGCCAUCAAUACCCAUCACUAGCUUUACUAACUAUUGUUUAUAUUAGACUUGCUUACGCGCUUUACCAUUUCGGUUUUUUACCUACACCGUUGGUAUUAGAAAAUAUAAUAUUUCUCAUACCAUCGUGCGCCCAGUCGUUAGAUUCAUCUCACGAUAUUAUAAUAUUAUAACCUACCCGUAGACGAAUAAUAAACGAGCUACCAUCAUCAUGAGGAGCGAAGUUCUCGAAGAAAUGCCCGAAGCAAUUAUGGAAUAUUUCUGUGAAGAAGUAUUGAAACGCGAUUGGCCGAACUGUAUUCACGCAUAUUAUUUCAUUAAAAAUGCGUUUCAAUGGAUGCGCAAAAAUUCGGCAUCGAGUUACAAAUUAUACUAUAUUUCUAACGACGUUGAGAAUGGAACAUUUAUUGGGAUUUUAUCACGACCCGAAGAAGAAUAUCCGGACGUCGUUGUUACAUACACUUGCCCGGGAAACGAAGAACAAUUCCGAAGGAUGCUGUUUAGUACUGAGUACAUCAAUUGGCAGAAGAAACCGCUGUUCCAAGCUAUACCGUUCAGGAUGAAGGCGAUCGUGGAAACAAUGAUUGAAGAAAAGGGAUUGAAGAGUAAACUGUAUUCAAAUGCUGUGCUUAAGUGGAUGCCAGCCGAUGUAGCUGCCAGAUUAGAUUAUGAAAUUCCUGAUGAUGUAUUUAUUGACCAAUUAAGCGUGGAUCAUAUAGACUUUAUUUAUUCAUUAUGGACUCAUAGUGACGUUUAUCCUAAAUCUGACCUUUGGGACACGGUAAGACUUAACAUUGGUUUAGGUGUUUUCAGCCGGCAUAAUGGUGAGCUAUUGGCAUGGGCCAUGUGUGGCAGUUAUGGAGGUCUAAGUACUUUGAUAGUUCAGCCAAAUUACAGAAAUCGUGGAUUUGGUAAGCUGAUUGUGUUGGCAGUAACCAAGGUAAUGGGAGAAAAUGGCGUCUCUCCUCAUGCACUUAUUAAUGAAAAGAAUAAUGUGUCAUUGGGCUUGUUCAAGAAUGUUGGUUAUAUAAAACAUUCAACGACAUUACCAUACGUUGUAGUUGAAGACCCGGAUACUUAUGGGCCAUAAAUACCGGGAUAAUCACCUUGACAUUUAUCUCAACGAUUGGAUUCAAAAAUGUAUAUUAAUCAUUUUAAUGAAACGCUCGAAUUCCGCAAAGUAAGAAGAGACCAUAGCAGAAACAAUGACAACUUACACAGAAACUGCUAAAAUAAAAAAUAAAAAAAGAAUAAUGGAAAUUGGAUUUUUUUUUAAAUUUUUUUUUUUAAAUAAUUUAAUUUC